AUGCACAUCAACACCGAAGCUAUCCCAGGCUCUGUCCACCUGGUGGACGAGUCUGGUGAUCUGGCCUACGCCAUACAUGAGAAGGAAAUCGUGCUUGUUCCCACUCCUAGUGAUCACCCCGAUGAUCCCCUUAACUGGUCAAAACGCAGAAAGUAUCUGAACAUGUUUUGUAUGGUGCUUUACGUGAUGGCCCUCGGUGUUUCUGGUUCCGCUGUGUAUUCGGUGAUCACCGACAUCACAGAGCACUCCACUCUGACGGUCUCGAAUUUGAACACUGGUACUGGUGUCAUGUUUUUGUUCUGUGGUUGGGGUAACUUGAUCUGGCAGCCAAUGGCACUGCAGUACGGUAAGAGACCUGCUUAUCUGUUCAGUGUAUUGGGUGUCACUUUUUCCACAUUGUGGGAGGCCUAUGUCAAGACCGGACCUCAGUGGAUCGGAUCGAAGAUCUUGCAAGGAUUUUUCGUGUCGUCUAUUGAGUCCCUUCCUGAAAGUUCAGUCGCUGAUAUUUUCUUUGAACAUGAAAGAGGUAACUGGAUGUCUCUGUACGCUCUGGUCCUGUGUGUUAGUAAUUACAUUGCUCCUCUCGUUGCUGGAUUCAUCGCCCAAGGUAUGCAAUGGAAGUGGGUCAUCUACUGGACCGUGAUCUUCGACGGACUUUCUCUUAUUUUCCUCUUCUUUUUCUGGGAAGAGACCAACUAUUUCCGCCCACACAUUGCGCCAGAUGACGAGAUUGUUGAAGACGUUUCGCCAGAGAUGAAGGUUGACGAGAAGUCCGCUGCCAAUGCGGUUGUUGGGACCGCGUCAUCUGGCGAUGAAAGUGGGACUCCGGCUCCUACGUACACAAAGAAGUCCUUCGUUGCCAAACUCAAGCUGUUGGACCGCUCUCGUCCUUUCAUGCUUUGGAAACUUAUAGUCAGGCCUGUCACCAUGCUCAGAUUCCCUGGUAUCGUCUGGGCUGGCUUCUGUUAUGGUUCGUCGCUUAUUUGGUUCAACGUUUUAAACGGUACUGCUUCCACCAUCUUCAGUGCCGAUCCUUACUACUUCUCCACCUCGAUGAUUGGUCUGACAUAUAUUUCGCCAAUCAUCUUCUGCUUCAUCUUCAGUGUCUACGCUGGUUGGUUUGGUGACUGGCUCAGACUGCGUAUUGCUCGUCGCAGAGGAACUGGUAUCUCUGAGCCAGAAGACAGAUUGUGGCUUUUUGCACUCUAUCUUAUUAUAGCUCCAUGUUCUCUCAUUUUGUGGGGUGUUGGUGCUUAUCACAAGAUUCACUGGAUCGGGAUUGUGUUUGGAAUGGGUCUUCUUGGUGGUAGUGCGUUGCUGGGCUGUGCCUGCUCCGUUAACUACGUUUACGAGUCCUACAAGGAUUUGAGUGGUCUUGGUAUCGUUUCUGUCAUCCUUAUAAGAAACACAAUGAGUUUUGGCAUGAAUUAUGGUAUCACUCCAUGGGUUGAUAAUCAAGGGCUGAACAAGACUUUCAUCGCUGCCUGUGGUAUCUCCAUUGCUUGUAACCUCACCUUCUUGCCUGUGGUCUACUAUGGUAAGCGGUGGAGAAACUGGACCAAGGCAGCUUACUGGACUUACGUCCAAGAUGCCAUUGACAAUGGUAUGGUUCAUUGA